UUCUGCUUUGGAGGGAGAGCGGCGGGCUCCACUCCUGGCCCCACUGCUGCCCGGCCCCGCGGCAACCAGGACACCAGGUCCCCAGGGGGCUGAAACAGGGAUGACGUUCCCGGGGGGCCGUGCCCUGGUGCUGCUGCCACUGCUGCUCCGCGUCUGCUGGGCCCAGAGCUGCACUGGGCCCCCGGCCAUCCCUGGCAUUCCUGGCAUCCCUGGCAUCCCUGGCAAUGACGGCCAGCCUGGGACCCUGGGGACAAAGGGCGAGAAAGGGCUUCCCGGGCUGGCAGGGGACCAUGGUGAGUUUGGAGAGAAGGGAGACCCGGGGAUUCCCGGCUACCCGGGAAAAGUUGGCCCCAAGGGUCCAGUCGGCCCGAAGGGUGCCCCGGGGUCCCCUGGAUUGCCGGGUCCCAAAGGUGAGUCAGGAGACUACAAGGCCACCCAGAAGAUCGCCUUCUCUGCCCUGAGGACCAUCAACAACCCCCUGAGGCGGGACCAGGCCAUCCGCUUCGACAGCGUCAUCACCAACGUGAACAACAACUACGAACCGCGCAGCGGCAAGUUCACCUGCAGGGURCCCGGCCUCUACUACUUCACCUACCACGCCAGCUCGCGGGGGAACCUGUGCGUCAACCUCGUCCGGGGCCGGGACAGCCUGAAGAAGGUGGUGACCUUCUGCGACUACGCCCUCAACACCUUCCAGGUCACCACGGGCGGCGUGGUCCUCAAGCUGGAGCAGGGGGAGAUGGUCUUCCUGCAGGCCACCGACAAGAACUCGCUGCUGGGCAUCGAGGGCGCCAACAGCAUCUUCUCCGGGUUCCUGCUCUUCCCUGAUCCCGAGGCGUGACCCAUGGGCUGAACCCCACCUGCUCAGGGCCACCCCCUCCCCCAGCAACACUCACCUCACCCCCAACACCGCCUCCUACCUGGCCCCCGCUCUCUUACUGAAUGAAUGAGUAAAUAAACUCUUCAGGAUCAAGGGACACAGUCU